GGGAGUGUGUGUACGAGAGACAGUGAGAGACAGGACAGGACAGGACAGGAGGCAGGAGGAGUCGCUGCGCGCUCCAGGCUCAGCCAGGCAGCCAUCUUUUGCUCCGUGCGCGUCUCCGCUGCGCAUCCCCGCUCCGCUCCGCGCUCCCACUCCCACACUCGGUGCGCGACACCGAAUCGCAGGAGAUCGCGACUCAUCGCAUCGACGAUCGAGUCCCUCCGGAGGCCGCCGUCCAGCGCCAUGCGUCCUCGCGCGCACGGACCCCCCGCAGCGCUGCUGCUGCUCGCGCUGCUGGGCGCGCUCCACGCGGCCAAAGUGAACAAGCACAAGCCCUGGAUCGAGACUGCCUACCACGGUAUCGUGACGGAGAACGAUGACAAGGUUCUGUUGGACCCACCGCUCAUAGUGCUGGACAAAGACGCACCACUCCGCUACGCAGAGAGGUUUGAGGUGACCGUGACCAGGGCAGGUGAGAUCUGCGGGUUCCGGGUCCACGGGCAGAACGUGCCCUUCGAGGUUGUCCUGGUGAACGGCAGCACAGGCGAAGGCGCCGUCCGGGCCAAGGAGAAGCUGGACUGCGAGCUACAGAAGGAGCACACGUUCACGAUCCAAGCGUUCGACUGCGGCGAGGGUCCCGAUGGCACCAACAUGAAGAAAUCCCACAAGGCCACCGUGCACAUCCAGGUGAACGACGUGAACGAGUACUCGCCCGCCUUCAAAGAGAAGUCCUACAAGGCAACGGUGGUCGAGGGCAGGAGGUACGACAGCAUCCUGAGGGUGGAGGCUGUGGACGCCGACUGCUCCUUCCAGUUCAGCCAGAUCUGCAGCUACGAGAUCGUCACCCCCGACGUGCCCUUUACCAUCGACAAGGACGGCUACAUCAAAAACACAGAGAAGCUGAGCUACAGCAAGGAGCGCGUGUACAAACUGACUGUGACGGCCUACGACUGCGGCAAGAAUCGCGCCACCGAGGACGUCCUCGUCAAGAUUAGCAUCAAGCCCACCUGCAAGCCCGGCUGGCAAGGAUGGAACAAGAGGAUGGAGUAUGAGCCGGGCACCGGAAGCCUGGCACUCUUUCCCAGCAUGCACCUGGAGACUUGCGAGGAGCCAAUCACUUCCAUCCAGGCGCGGGUGGAGCUGGAGACGAGCCACAUCGGGAAAGGCUGCGACCGAGACACCUACUCGGAGAAGUCCCUGCACCGUCUGUGCGGGGCCACCUCCGGCACCGCGGAGCUCCUGCCCGCCCCCAGCAGCUCGGCCCACUGGACUGCCAGCCUGCCCACUGACAACGGGCACGACAGCGACCAGGUGUUCGAGUUCAACGGCACCCAGGCGGUGAAGGUCCCCGAGGGUGUGGUGAGCUCCAGUCUAGCCCAGCCCUUCACCAUAUCUGUGUGGAUGAGGCAUGGUCCCGGAGGCCAGGACAAGGAGACCAUUCUGUGUAACUCGGAUAAGACAGAGAUGAAUCGACACCACUACGCUCUCUACGUGCACAACUGCCGCCUGGUGUUCCUGCUGCGCCAGGAGCCGUCCGAGUCGGAGAGCUACAAGCCGGCCGAGUUCCACUGGAAACUGGACCAGGUGUGCAACAAAGAGUGGCACCACUACGUGCUGAAUGUGGAGUUCCCGACGGCGGCGCUCUUCGUGGACGGUGUGAGCCACGAGCCCUUCCUGGUGACCGAGGACUACCCCCUGCAUGCCGCCAAGGUCCAGACGCAGCUCACCGUGGGCGCCUGCUGGCAAGACAAUUCUGGACACGAUACAGACAAUGAGACAAACGCAGACACUCUCACAGGGGGCAGCAUGCACAUGUCGCAGUUCUUCCGCGGCAGCCUGGCCGGCCUCAUGAUCCGCAGCGGGAAGCUGGAGAACAAGAAGGUGAUCGACUGCCUGUACACCUGCAAGGAAGGCCUGGACGUACAGCUGCCGGCGGAGGUGGCCGAUUCGGUCCGGGUGCAGUUCAGCCCCAGCCAGUCCUCCAUAACCCUAGAGGGCGAUGACAUUGAGAGCUUCGACAAGGUCAUGCAGCACAUCUCCUACCUGAACUCGCGGCAGUUCCCCACGCCGGGAAUCCGCCAUCUGCGAAUCUCCACCACGGUCAAGUGCUUCAACGAAGAGGCGUGCGUUGCAGUGCCAGACGUCGAGGGUUACGUGACCGUGCUGCAGCCAGACGAGCCCAGGAUCAGCCUGAGUGGCAUCGACCACUUUGCCCGCGGUGCCGCCGAGUUCGAGAGCGUCGGAGGCGUGACCCUCUUUCCCGAGCUGCGCAUCGUCAGCACCAUCACCCGCGAGGUGGAGCCGGAGGCCGAGAGCGAAGGCGACAACGACCCCACGGUACAAGAGUCGGUGGUGUCGGAGGAGAUCAUGCACAACCUGGACAUGUGCGAGGUCACGGCCGUGGGGGAGGAGCUGGACGCUGAGCAUGAGAGCCUGGGGGUGGACCUGACACAGGUCCAGCAGCGCGGCCUGGAGGCGAGCUCCUCCAACGUGGGCAUGAUCAUCACAGGUGUGAACACCAUGGCCAACUACGAGCAGCUCCUGCACCUGAUCCGCUACAGGAACUGGAACACGGAGGCGCUCUUCGACAGGAAGUUCAAACUUGUCUGUUCCGAGCUCAACGGACGCUACGUUAGCAACGAAUUCAAAGUGGAGGUGAACGUGAUCCACACGGCCAACCCGAUGGACCAUGCCAACAACGCAAUGGCGCAGCCACAGUUCAUCAACCCCGUGCAGCACGCUUCAGUGGACCUCUCCGGCCACAACCUGGUCAACAGCCACCAGGCCUCAGUGGUCCCUAGCGCCGCCACCAUCGUCAUCGUCGUGUGCGUGAGCUUCCUGGUGUUCAUGAUUGUGCUCGGAGUGUUCCGGAUCCGAGUUGCUCACCAGCGCAGCCUGCGAGACCAGGAGGGCGGCAAGGACAGCGAGAUGGACUGGGACGACUCUGCGCUCACCAUCACCGUGAACCCCAUGGAGACGUACGAGGACCAGCACAGCAGCGAGGAAGAGGAGGAGGACGAGGAGAGCGAGGACGGCGAGGAGGACGAUAUCACCAGCGCCGAGUCGGAGAGCAGCGAGGACGAGGAGGGCGUCGGCUCCGAGGAGCAGCAGGGCGCGAGCCGACAGCAGCAGCUGGAGUGGGACGACUCCACGCUCACCUACUGAUCGCACACACGCGCACGUACAGACUGACAAACACACACACCUGCUGACCUACAUGCACACCCUAGUGACUCAUACAUGGAGGAACACGGGCAUCCUGACCUUACACACACUCAUUUCCUGACCCAGAAAUACUACAGAGUACAAAUGCUGCGGGGACACGCACGCACACGCACACGCACACACACACGCACACCCACACGCUCCGGAACCAGUGAUCCACCCCCCUCAUUCCUACAGUCCCCCCUGCUGAGGAUCCAUAAUGUACAGAACACAAUCGGCAAACAAUCACAAAUCAGGCAUCUAUGGAGCCAGACCCGCUGUCUCCACCCACUGCCCCCCCCCCCAUCCACUGACUCCGCCCACUCCCUGCUGCUGGAUUAGGCUUCGCUGUUAUCCCUAGCUGUUACUGUAAUGAGUUCGCGGUGAUGGCGGAAUCGCCCCCUUUGGCUUUAUUUAUUGUUGGGAUGUUGGGGGGGCUUUGAUUUGGGGGUGGGGGGGGUGAGCAAACAGCGCGCUCUCUUGUCCCGGUGACCGCGUCUCAUGUAAAUACUGUGCACAUGUACCCUGGUUCCCCGUUUCCUCCUUUUCGUUCGUGUUUUUGUGUGUGUGGGGGGGGUGGGGGGUGGAGGAGAGGGGAGGGCGACGCCCAGCAUCCUUUGGUUCUUUUUCUAUUUUUGUUUUUAGUGCAUGAGAAAACGAGGCGGAGCGAAACGAUAGAGCGUAGAGACGUUCCUUUUUACCUUUUUGUAAAUACCAUGUAAGUAGUGGAUGGGAGGGGGGAGGGGGGAGGAAGGCGGGAGGAGGGGUACUCCAUGACAACAGGCGGCUCAGUGUAGCGGGGGGGGGAUUUUUCUUUUUUUGCUCGAGUCCUUUGCCCUGUUUACCACGAUUGUACCACACAAACUUUGCAUGAUAGAGUGCAGGAGCCAGAGGCUCUGACCCCAGUGGCCUGUUUGUGGCUCCCGCACCCCAUCGCUCCUCCCUGGUUGUGCACAUCGGCCGGUUUCCCGUCCUUCAAUGUGCAGAUGAUCCAUUGGAGUCUCGUACGCAUCACUCACGCACACACGAUUCCUCUUAGAGAGAAACAAACAAACAAGUAGCAUUUUGCGAGGCCGCGGGUGAGGUGUGGAGCUCCGCCUUCCGUCACUUUCACUUUAGCUUAUUCUACGAUCGGCUCCGCGUUCCCCUCCGGUCCCUCCAGACUGACCUUCUCGAGGUGUAACGCUUCAUCCUCUUUCUGGAACAUUAUUGUGGUAAACAAAAGUAAAAAUGUGUAAAGCAUGUCCUUCGCCGUCCCCACACAAGGACCUUAUUGUUACACAAAGUUUGCUGAACUGGUCUUUAACGGUUACACCCCCUCUUGGAAAGAUGCGAACAAACACUGUACCGUACUUUGCUGUCGUAACCAGCUCCUUCCUCCUGCAGUUUUCGGGGUUCGCGAUGAAAUGUCAGAAGUGUGCAGAAUCGCGUGGCAUGAUGACGAAGGUGAGACACUGGAGCGUGACGCAGAGUGACAAUGACAUGGCGCAAAUCCCCAACGGCCCCCUGCAGGGCCCCCGGUGGGUGAUAACGGACCGCAGAUCCUUCCUCUGUGACCACGACCGGAUUCGUCUUCUGCUCCUUGAGUACGAAACACGUUUCAGUUCUUGGCAUUAGGACAGCUUCAUUUUUUCAGAGCCACGCUGUGUGUUGGCGCAGGUGAGAGCGCCCCCUACCUGUCAGCAUGGCGUGACGUGUCAUUUUUUACAAUGGAACUUCCUUUCGCUCCAACUCUGGGGCAGUGAUUUCAGUUUGUGUUGUAAUAAUGAUUACUGGUACUACCACCAUCCUUACGGUGACAGGUUCUACUUUCUGUUCGCUUGUAGACACGGUGCCCUUGAAGAGGGAAAAUAACGGGGUCCUUAGAUCGGGCCGACUCUGUAAGACGGGCGUGCGUUCCCUCCUGCCCCUCAUCCUACCCACAAUUCCCUUCCCCCUACAGCCUCCCACCUGUCUUUUCAUAGGGAAUCGCCUUGCGGGGGUGGAGAGGUACGUCGCAGACGCACCUGCCCCCCGACGACUCGAUGGCCACUUUCUACCCCUUUCACCAUUCCAUUGGGACCAAACCAUUCCAGGGCAGCCGGGCUUCGCACCUACAGCCCCUCAGCAGCAGAGCGGCAUUGGGUUGAAUCACGUCUCCCAGCUGCAGCACAGUUAUUGAUGGAACGUCUUGCUCCGGGUCAGAGGAGACGUGGCAGGUUCUGGGUGUGUGGGACUUGAGACAAGCCGGGGGGGGGUCUGGGCUGUGCACCCCACCUUGUUUAGCGCCACCUUGUUGGGGUUCACACUCCGUAAUGUGAUGCCGCACAGUCAGACGCCACUCCGCGCAGUCCGGGACGCCGCCGUCUACCAUUUCCCGUUAUUUAUUUCUCUUCUCUUGCGACUGCGCACAAGGGCCGUCGCUCUGUGUUCUUCUCAGUACUGACUGUCAGCCGCUGCCUUUGUGCUUGUUGGGGCAGAACUCACUUUUUCUAUGGUCCGAGUGCACAUGGCGGCGCCGAUGCUUGCUCUUUGAACUCAAUAAAGAACGAGGAGAUUACUUU